CCCGCCGCAGCGCCCGCCGGGACCUGUAGUCCUUGAGCCGCUCCCCCGCGGCCAAGGCACCGGGAGGCCGCUCCCGGCCGACCGCAGCACGGAGCUCACCGCGGGGGUUGGAAAAAAAAAGCGAGGGCUGUCAUCGUUCUGUAAUUAACAAAGGUCGUCACUCUCAGACCCCGCUCAUCCCUUGCACUGGAGUCGCAGCAGCAGCUGGACUACUGCAGAAAACAUGAUCAAAUCAGAAGGGAGCCUUUUUGCACUGCAAGUGAUACUUCGAAGGGAUGUAAACUAAGCAUGGAUUUGUUGACAGUAUUCUGCUCGGCUUCUGAUCUUACCCCUCCAACAACAGCAGAAUUUAAUGUUUUACAAGACAGCGAUGGCUUUUUCUCUGGAAUCUGAAUAUGGAGGCCACAGGGACAGAUGAAGUAGAAAAGAUAAAAUCAAAGUUUAUGUCAGCAUGGCACAACAUGAAAUACAGUUGGGUGUUGAAAACAAAAACUUACUUCAGUAGAAACUCUCCGGUUUUUCUGCUGGGAAAAUGUUACCACUUCAAAUCUGAUGAAUCUGGUGAACUUUCUACAGAUGGAUCCGAUUUUGACAAAAUCAAUACGGAGAUUUCAGGAAAUGUUGAUGAGUUUCGUAAAGAUUUCAUUUCUAGAAUAUGGCUGACCUACAGAGAGGAAUUUCCUCAAAUAAAGGGGUCUGCAUUAACAACAGACUGUGGUUGGGGUUGCACACUGAGAACUGGUCAAAUGUUGUUGGCUCAAGGUCUUAUGCUUCAUUUUCUUGGUAGAGCCUGGGUCUGGCCAGAUGCGUUGGACAUUGAGAAUUCAGAUUCUGAAUCCUGGACGGCCCAUACAGUUAAAAAGCUGACAGCAUCAUUCGAAGCAUCGCUUACAGCAGAAAGAGAACCCAAGAUCCUGUCAAACCAUCAUCGGGGAACACUAAGGAGAAACUGUGGCGACAAUGAAAUGAGAAAUGAAGUUUAUCAUAGAAAAAUAAUUUCUUGGUUUGGCGACUCUCCGCUGGCAGCUUUUGGCUUACAUCAGCUAAUAGAAUAUGGAAAGAAGUCUGGAAAAAUUGCUGGAGAUUGGUACGGGCCUGCUGUUGUUGCACACAUUUUAAGAAAAGCUGUUGAAGAAGCCAGAGACCCUGAGCUACGAGGAGUAACAGUCUAUGUUGCUCAGGAUUGUACAGUCUACAGUUCAGACGUUAUUGACAGACAGUGUUCUUGUACGGAUUCUGAAAAAACAGACACAAAAGCUGUAAUUAUAUUAGUUCCUGUGAGACUCGGUGGAGAGAGAACAAACACGGACUACUUAGAGUUUGUAAAGGGAAUUUUAAGCCUUGAGUAUUGUGUUGGUAUCAUUGGUGGCAAACCCAAGCAGUCAUAUUACUUUGCUGGAUUUCAAGAUGACAGUUUGAUUUACAUGGAUCCUCAUUACUGCCAAUCUUUUGUAGAUGUCAGCAUAAAGGAUUUCCCUCUUGAGUCGUUCCACUGUCCGUCUCCCAAAAAGAUGUCAUUCAAAAAAAUGGAUCCGAGCUGUACGAUAGGAUUUUAUUGUAGAACUGUGCAGGACUUUGAGAAGGCUUCUGAAGAAAUAACCAAGAUGCUGAAAUCUUCAUCUAAGGAGAAAUACCCCUUGUUUACUUUUGUAAAGGGUCAUUCUAGAGACUAUGACUUUGCUUCCAGUCCACUCCGUGAGGAAAAUGACCUUUUCUCUGAGGAUGAAAAGAAAAGAUUAAAAAGAUUUAGUACAGAGGAGUUUGUCUUGCUUUAAGGACAUUUUACACUAGAUUAUUGGCAGCUGUCCAGGAGAACACUUGCCUUUUUUUAAAAAAAAAUAAGUGUCCUCCUCUUCCAGAAAGGCUAGCUGUGCUGAAAUUGGUCUAUUUUCAUAAAGAUGAUAAUGUUUUAUAUGUUAAUAGUCUUUAAAAUGUCAUUUAUAAAUGUACUUACUAAUUAUUUUUGUUCACUACUAGUUGGAUGAGUGUAAUGUCGCAUCGUGCUAGUGAAGAUAGAUGGCAUUGUUUAGAGGCAGGUGUGCUGAAAUGUGCCUGCGUCCUGGUCUCGCCCUCUGAAAAAGCUGGGCUGGCCGUAAACCUGAAUGUGAUCCUAGGGUUGUUUCGGUCCAGGACGAAUCCUGAGCAGAGGUUGUCGAAUACGUGUUGGUUUUAUGCCAUGGGCACAUAUCUGUGGGUUUUGAGACCAUCUUAUUUCUGUUUGUAAGCAAAAUUUGAGUAAUCCUUGUUGUAAGGGUAGAACUCUAACCUGUUUCACUUCCUAAGCCCAAAUAAUAGUUAAUAUGGUAAUUGCAACAUACCUCUCUUCCACUGCGCUGCCCAGGAUGUAAGUUUGAUAUAUCAGAAGUAAUUGCCAGUUGCAAUACUGAUAUAAUGAUAUAGGCUGAAUUGUGAGUUAAGAUACUAUUUAGCAGUAUGAUUUUAUAAUGGUUUCUCAUUAAGCCAGCUUUGGAACCUUAAUUUGAGGAGUGAAGAUAAAGUAUUACCUUGCCCACAAUUUUUAAAGGUUAUACUAUUAAAUUAACUGCAACCAAUCAAAGCAGCUAAAAAACAAUUAUUAGAAAGGAGUGGUGUUUGUUUCCUGUUUCAGCUAUUAUAAUGUUGAGGCUUCUUUCCUACUAGCGCAGCUUUUAGAUCAAAGCAAAUGGGGUCUGGAUGUUUAAAAUUUUGGGGUGUGAAUUUUUUUUGAUAUAUUAUUACUGUACAAAUGAUUACUUGAUGGUGUGUGUUCUCAAAUUGCAAAGAAAUGUACAUAAAUAGUUUCGUGUUUUAACAAAUGCAAUAUUUAAACUAUGUAUUAACACUGCUUGAAAAAUAAAAGGCGUGAAAACAUUAA